AAUAGCAUUUUCUUUAGCUUGCUUUGUUGUAAGAAUAUAGUCUAUAAUACAAAAUACGUGUUAAUCAACUGUUACCAGUAAGAUAGUUAAGUUUGGGGGAGUCAAAAAUUAAAUAUGUGGAUUUUUGACGGUGCAGGGGAUCGGUAUUCCUGACCCCUGUAUUGUUCAAGGGUGAACUGUAUUUUUUCCAGACUUUUCUUUAUUUCCAACCCUUAUUAUAGCCACUCUUGACAGGUGGUGCUGGCACCAACAGUUGAGAUAAGGCUCCUCCUUUCAAAAGAUUGUGUUUGCAUAUGGCUUAAUUUCCCUCAGGCCCUGCCUGGCCUGGUCCUGAGGGUGGUGCUGCUUGCUGCAGGCUCUGUAAGUGGGGAUCCGGAUGGCAGGGCAGUCAGGCAGGGGUGUACGCGCAUGUGUGUAUGAGAGAGGGUGCGCACACUUGGCAGUGUUUCUGGGCAACGGCAGGCAUUCACUGCGGUUUCCUGUUCCUCAGGCCUGGGCUGUGGAGACAGGGAAGUACCAGGAAGGGGUGGAUGACCCUGACCCAGCUAAAUGGAAGGCCCAGCUCCGCUGUGCUCUCAACAAGAGCAGGGAAUUCAACCUGAUGUACGAUGGCACCAAGGAAGUACCCAUGAACCCGGUGAAAAUAUAUCAAGUGUGUGACAUCCCGCAGCCUCAGGGAUCAAUCAUUAACCCAGGAUCCACUGGAUCUGCUCCUUGGGAUGAGAAGGAUAAUGAUGUAGAUGAAGAAGAUGAGGAAGAUGAGCUUGAUCAGUCACAGCACCAUGUUCCCAUCCAGGACACCUUCCCCUUCCUGAACAUCAAUGGUUCUCCCAUGGCACCAGCCAGUGUGGGCAACUGCAGCCCCGAAGCAGUGUGGCCCAAAACUGAACCUCUGGAAAUAGAUGUACCCCAGGCACCUAUACAGCCCUUCUAUAGCUCUCCAGAGCUGUGGAUCAGCUCUCUCCCAAGUAAGUGAGACUUGAUCUUUCUAGCUGGGUCUUCAGCUCCUAUUAUAGUCCCUUCCCCGCCCUACCUUCUGCCUCCAUUUCUUUGCCAUGUAGGCAGCCUCUAUGUCUGGUUCCUGGCUGGCUAAUGAGUCAUCAGGGAAGAAGUAAAGAAACAUUAGUUCAUAUUUAUCUGCCCAUGGGGAUGCUCUGAUCGGUUGCAGCUCGAGGUUACACACCUCUUAGGUGGGUGGAAAGCCUGGGUUAAUCAGUUUGGCUAGGGGAUCUGGGCAUAAGGCCAGUU